CUGAGUCAGGAUGCUGUGUCUGAGUGUGUCGGGGUGGGGGGGAGCCCGGAGUCCCCGCUGCGCCCCGCUGGGCUAUUCAAUGUUGUUAACAGACACUUUCCUCGGGCUGAGACCCCGCUGAGCGACUCAUCAACUCCCUGAGUGACUGCAAUAUACUUCGGCAAGAUUGGAGAAGGGGCCGGGGCGGGGGGGCUUUGUUUGCUAGCAGCGCCCCCGCCUAUAAAUCCAGCUCUUGACCCACUCAGCUAUCAGAAGAUACAUCUGCUACAGGACUGUGCCCUCUGGCUGGGUGACCUGGUGCAAGGAAGCUUGCUCUCUAUAGGAAGAGUGGCACUGAGUGACUGGCACAGGGCAGUGAGAAGUUUCCUAGAAUUACAUGAUAGGCACUGAGCAGACUGACAGGUAGUGGGAAAAGGGGGCACAAGGUACCGGAUUGUUUUUUUGGGCGACCAUGGAGAGGACUAGUGCCUGUCUCCUCCUGCUGACUCUCUGGAUAUUGGCUGCUGAUGCUUCUCGUCGCAAAAUCCUUCUACCCAUCAAACCUGAGCAGGAUCCUAUGCCGUCCAAGUUACAAAUAGGUUGUCAUCUUGGUGAUAAAACAUACUCCCUGGAGGAUACUUGGCAUCCAGACCUAGGAAAACCGUUUGGGGUGGCCUACUGUGUGGUGUGCCGUUGUGAGGUGCAGCGUAACCGUUGGGGAAAAGAAUCUGGGAAGAUCAGUUGUAAAAGUGUCAAGAACCACUGCCCAACACCCACCUGUGCUCAUCCUGUUGAAUUCCCGGGCCAGUGUUGUCGGGUUUGCCCCAAGACUCCUCCUCCCCCUCUUCCUGUGAAGAAAUCCGAAUUUAUUUUUGACGAGUUUGAGUAUUUCCAAGAAAAGGAUGAUGAUCUUUAUAAUGAUCGCUCCUACCUGAGCUCUGAUGAUGUCAGUGUGGGGGAAAGCCGAACAGAAUAUGUAGCCUUUUUGACUGCUUCCAGCCGUGCUUGGCCUCCAAUCAACAAUGGUCUCGCCAAAGCUAAAUUUAAUUUGCAACGUACCAAUUUACUGUUCUCAGUCACAUACAAAGGGAUGGAUAGCUUUUCCCGUGUUCGGUUCUCAGACUCUGACGGCACUGUGCUGUUUGAACACCCUGUGCACAGAGUAGGAUACCCACCAAGUGACACAAUCUGUGGUAUAUGGAGGUCAAUGCCUCGCUCUUCUUUACACCUUCUACGUUUGGGACAUAUUCUUGUUACCUUGGUGACCACAACUCUUUCAGAGCCUGAAAUAUCUGGCAAGAUUGUCCGUCACAAAGCUCUAUUUUCAGAGUCAUUUAGUGCCCUCCUAACACCAGAAAACCCAGAGGAAUCAUUUCAUCGAGGUCUUGCAAUGCUGACACUUAGUGAUGUGGAUGACAAUCUACACUUCAUCCUUAUGCUCAGGGGAAUACAAGGAGGAGAACAAGAUAAGAUUCCAAUAACUGUGCAAAUCUUACAUCAGAAUCAUGUAAUACGGGAGCUAUAUGCCAAUAUUAGCAUACAGGAGCCAGAUUUUGCAGAGGUUUUGCCAGAUCUCUCCAGCCGUGAGAUGCAGUGGCUUGCCCAGGGACAAUUAAAGAUUGCAGUGCUGACAGAGGGGAGACAUGAGCAGCACAUAUCAGGUGUCAUCACUGUCAGGAAGUCAUGUGACAUCCUGCAGAGUGUGAUGUCAGGAGGUGAUGCUUUGAACCCCACAAAGACUGGAUCAGUGGGCUCAGCCACCAUCACCCUACAUGACAAUGGAACACUGGAGUAUCAGCUUCAAGUUGCUGGUAUUAUGAGUGCAGUGACAGCAGUAACCUUAGAGACUAAACCUCGCAGAAAGAUCCGUCGAAAUAUUCUACAUGAUCUUACAAAGGACUACCAUGAUGGAAAGGCUUGGGGGCUGUGGACAGGCGCCAAUGCUCGAGACUUGCAUAUGCUGCUUCAGAGUGAACUGUUCUUUAACAUAAUCACAAAGGAUUUCCAAGAAGGAGAACUGAGGGGGCAGAUUACACCUUUACUAUACAGCGGGCUGUGGGCGAGACAUGAGGAGUUUCCAAUACCUUUGGCUGGCCAGUUUGUGUCACCACCUCUGAGGACAGGGUCGGCAGGUCAUGCCUGGGUAUCUCUAGAUGAGCAUUGCCACCUACAUUAUCAGAUUGUGGUGACUGGACUGGGGCGUGCUGAGGAUGCUACACUGAAUGCACACUUGCAUGGCUUUGCUGAGCUGGGUGAAGUCAGUGAGAGCUCUCAUGGACACAAGAGGCUACUGAAAGGUUUCUAUGGAUCAGAGGCUCAGGGUAGUGUUAAGGACCUUGACCUAGAACUGUUCAGUCACCUGAACAGAGGAACAGCAUUCAUUCAAGUGAGCACAAAGUUAAACCCACGUGGAGAGAUACGGGGUCGGGUGCACAUUCCGAACAGUUGUGAGUCUGGAGGUGUGACCCUUUCUCCUGAGGAGUCUGAGCGUGAUUCAGUGGAGAAGAAUAACCAACGUAACACAGAAGAACUCCGCAAGGAUCCCAGAUCUUGCUAUUUUGAAGGCAAACUGAGAGCUCAUGGAGCCAGAUGGGCUCCUGACUAUGACAGGAAGUGUUCUGAAUGCAUCUGUCAGAAGCGCACAGUGAUCUGUGACCCCAUAGUGUGCCAACCUCUGAACUGCACCCAGCUUGUCCACUUGCCUGACCAGUGCUGUCCAGUGUGUGAAGAGAAAAAAGAAAACCGAGAAGUAAAAAAACAAGGAAGACCUCAAAGUGAAGGUUGUUACUUUAAUGGCUUAUGGAGAGCAGCUGGCACACGUUGGCAUCCAGUGGUUGAACCGUUUGGUCUUGUUCUAUGUGCAACUUGUUCCUGCAAGAGUUCCUCCCAGGACCUACACUGUGUGAGAGAGACCUGCCCACGACUUACCUGUGCCAACCCCAUCCGUGCCAAUCCAAUGGACUGCUGCAAAAAAUGUCCAGUUGAAGAGCAAAACCCCUUGGAGUUGGCGGACAGAAUGCAAUCAGAUGAACCACGGCAGUGCAAAGUUAUGGGUCAACUGUAUUCAAACAAUAAGAGGUGGCACCCAACACUGCCGACACAUGGUGUGGUGAAAUGUGUCACCUGCAUUUGUGUGGAUGGUGUUCCUCAAUGUGAAAAACAGAAAUGGAAGUGCACUGACCCUGAAUGUAGCGUGAGUGGAAAGCCUGACAGCAUUUGCUGCAGCGAGUGCCAAGCUGAUAGCCAUGAUGAAGAGGAAAAAUUCAAAACAGACGAGCCUGUGAGCACAUGGAGCUAUUAGAUAUGUGAGAAAAAGACUGUUGGAGAGUAAAAAUCAUUAUGAAAACUUCACGACAAGCGCAAGAUUCUGAUGUCAUAACUCCCUAUGGCAUCUCCGUCUCAAGACAAUUGCAGGACUCGAUAUUGUCUUUACUCUCCUGACUAUAAAGUGUGAUGACUGUUACAGAACUCUGUGAUGUCAUAACUUCCCUUGUCUACUAUAUGUCAUGACGACUACAGUGAUGUCAUCAUUUCCCUGCUAUUAUUACAAGACAAGUGCAGGACUCUGUGGAACUUUGCUGGAUUCUGUGAUGCAAUAACUGUUCUUGGCUACAUUAUGUCACGGCAGCUACAGAAUGAUUUAAUGUCCUAGCUUUCCCGACUUCUUCCUAUCAUAACAACUGCAGAUAGAACUCUUUGCUGUCAUAACUCCAACUGGCAACUCCUUAACAUAAUAACUGCAGAACUGUUUGGUGCCAUAGCUCCCAGUACUUUGUUUUGCUUGUCACAGUGAGGACAUGGGAUGUGGAACGUGCAAGCCAGAACAUAAAAUAUGACCCCCCGAGAUGCUUUCACAUAUUAGCUUUUCUGUCUGAUAGGAGCAACUCCAAGUCCAGUCACCCCAGGGAAAAGUCAGUUCCUACAAUGAGCCAGGAACCAACACAUAUUGCUGGAAGAUUCUCUGCAGAUGUAAUGCAUGCACAUGCUCAGUGCUCCGCAGGCACGGCUUCAGAGUUAUUAAAUAUUUGAAAGAGUUGGAUGAAAAGUUAUGUGACAAGCAAAGGUUCAUUGUGGAUGUGGGACGAACUGUAUAUAUAUACGUACACACUAAAUGUGGGUAUAUAUAUAGUGAAUGUAGGAACAUACACAUGUAUUUGUCUUGUUUUAUUUUUCAACACUUUGAAGAACUUGUAUUAUUUAUAGUGUUUUCAGUGGAUGCAGCCACUGUGCAAAUUAAUUAUUAAUUUUGAAUGUAUUUAUUGAAGUGAAAUAAACUGCAGAAACUGU